UCUGUGUAUGAUACAGAAAAAUGAACUCCACUAUGAGUGAGGAGCCUGAUGCUUUAGCAGUAGUUAACCAGUUACGAGAUCUAGCAGCUGACCCAUUAAAUAGACGAGCUAUUGUUCAGGAUCAGGGAUGUCUGCCUGGCCUUAUUUUGUUCCUGGACCACCCCAACCCUCCAGUUGUUCAUUCAGCUUUGCUAGCUCUCCGUUAUUUGGCAGAAUGUCGUGCCAACAGAGAAAAGAUGAAAAGUGAACUGGGUAUGAUGCUGAGCUUACAGACUGUAAUACAAAAGGAGAAAUUACAGCAUGAUCCAACUCCGUCCUACCUAGGUGUGACACUCAACCACACCAUAACCUUUUGUAACUAUCUUCAAAAAAUAGCUGUGAAGACAUGGAGUCAGGUGAACAUAGUGUGGAAACUUGCUGGAACAAGCUGGGGUGCCACCGCGGGAGUACCCUGCACUUCUGUUAUGGCACUGGUCUUCUCAACAGUUGAGUACUAUGCACCUGUCUGAACUGCUGACAUUCAUACCAAAUGUGUGCAUGUCCAAUUAAAUUCUGCAAUACAUGCUGUCACUGGAACCCUGAAAUCUACACCAAUUCUAUGGCUAUUGGUGCUGGCCAAUAUUGCUCCUCCAGACAUUUGCUGUAACGAAGCUACAUACAGAGAGGUCGUCUGCAUGAAUGAUAACCCAGACCUCCCCAUCCACAGAGAUUUAAAGAACCUCCCAGCUCACUGCUUGGUCUCCUGGAAAGC